CAGCCCUGGCACCGGCGUACAUCGACCGUGUAUAAUAUAUGCAUGCAUAGAUAUAUAAAGAAAGCUAUAUAUAACGGCUGCAAAACAAAGGUGCACUUACAUUUAAGCUUUUCUUCGCGACUCGCGGCCCAUGAUUUUUGUGUUUGCAUAUAUUGCACUGCACGGGUUCUUUCAUGACAUUUACUAUCUCCCAGCCAAGCACAUUUUGAGCGGAUAAUUAGGGGAACACGAGAUGGAAAGUGCCAUUCAGAAAUAUUUUGAAAACAAAACCGUUUUUCUAACAGGUGGCACCGGAUUCUUGGGAAAAGUUAUCGUUGAGAAGCUAUUACGAACUACGGAAGUGAAGCGAAUAUAUUUAUUGAUCAGACCGAAGCGUGGCGUGGAAAUUCAGGAGCGAAUCAGUGAAUGGUCGCAGGAUUCUGUUUUUGAACUCCUACUGAAGUCCAAGUCAGACGCUCUGCAGCGAGUAUGCCCCAUCGCUGGAGAUUGUCUGGAGCCGGACCUGGGCAUAAGCGAUACGGACCGAAGGCUCCUGACAUCAGAGGUGCAGAUCGUUCUUCACGGAGCAGCCACAGUACGGUUCAACGAGCCGUUGCAUGUGGCACUGGCCAUCAACACUCGCGCCACGCGACUGAUGGUACAGUUGGGGAAGCAAAUGGUCAACCUGGAGGCAUUUGUUCACGUCUCCACGGCCUUCUCCAACUGCAUUAUCUAUCACGUCAAGGAGAAGUUCUAUCCAGAGCACUUGACAUGCAGCUCGGAUAAGGUCCUGGGUGUGAGUGAGCUCCUGAGUGACGAACUUAUUGACAACAUGACGCCUACUCUGCUCGGCUCCCACCCGAACAGCUACACAUACACCAAGGCCCUGGCAGAGGACGUGAUUCUAAGGGAGGGGAGCGACUUACCCAUUUGUAUCUUCCGACCUGCUGUUAUCAUUGCCAGCCACAAGGAGCCCAUCUCCGGAUGGAUUGAUAACCUAUACGGACCCAUUGCCAUACUUUUCGGCGUGGCUCGUGGAGUCCUGCGUAUAGCCACCAUCGAUGUGAAGGCCCAGGCCAGCUUGGUACCGGUCGACUACUGCGCCAACUUAGCUCUUGCCUGCGCAUGGAAAACCGCACAGACUGAUGAGCGACAGAACGAUCCGAUCAUUUAUCAACUGGCACCCACCGAGGACAACUCCCUGACGCAUGGAGAAUUCAAAGACUAUGCGCUAGAUGGUCGCAUGCAGUGUCCCCUUACCAAAAUGGUCUGGUAUCCGUUUUUCCAUUGCAUCACCACUAUGUGGCUCUUUCCCAUUGCAGCGUUCUUCUAUCACACCCUGCCCGCCUAUAUCUUCGAUCUGGCGCUCUAUCUGAGCGGCCGGAAGCCGCGGUUGGUUAAAGUUUACCAGAAGAUUCACAAAACCCUGGGCAUAUUGGGACCAUUUUCGAGCAAAAGCUGGUACUUCGACAUGCACAACACCAAUAAGAUGAGAGAGCUUAUGUCAGAGCAAGAUCGCAGACUCUACGACUUCGACAUGGCCAGCAUAAGUUGGAAGGAAUAUUUCGAAAAGGCCCUGCUGGGCAUGAGACUAUACUUGGGCCAGGAUCCACCGACUUCAGAGUCAAUAGCACACGGCCUACGAGUGAUAAAGAGGCUGAAGAUGUGGCACCACCUCCUACAGCUCAUCCUCGGGUGCAUUGCUGCUUUCAUUGUAUGGUCGCUGAUCAAGGUCGUUGUGUGAUAUGGUAUAUAGUACAAUAUGUACAUAUUAUAUGUUCAAAUUUGAGUUAUUUUGGUGUUUUUGAAUAAAUUAAAAGGGGGAAGUGCUUUCUUUGCCCUUGCCCAAAACAGUUGCAAUA